UCACAGGCAGCCAAGCUCUGAUGCGGAUAUCCUGAAUCCUCUCCGAUCCACGCAUCUUGCACUUUGAGCACUUCUUUGCACGUUCAAACUAAAGAUUGCGUUAGUAUAGUUAGUUAACAGACACAGGUGUGUGUGUGUGUGUGUGUUUGUGUGGUGCAGGGAUGUCGUCCAGCGGAGAAGCCGUGUUCCGGGCCGUGGAGACGCCGCUGUUCUGGCUCGGUGCUCUGACCGCGGCCUGGCUGUCUGUGUGCUCCGUGUACCGGCUGCUGUCCGGGAUCAAGGUGUGGGUGCUGGGCAACGGGCGGCUCGUGUCACCCACCAAACUGGGGAAAUGGGCAGUUGUGACAGGGGCCACAGAUGGGAUUGGGAAGGCCUAUGCAGAGGAGCUUGCCCGCAGAGGCUUUGCAAUCGUGCUGAUCAGCCGAUCUCAGGAGAAGCUGGAUGACGUUUCCAAGGCGAUCGCAAGCAAAUGUGGUGUGGAGACCAAAACGAUCGCAGUAGACUUCAGUGCUGUGGAUAUCUACUCCAAGAUUGAAGAUGGACUCGAAGGGCUGGAGAUUGGAGUACUGGUGAACAAUGUUGGGAUAUCCUACUCUUACCCUGAAUUCUUCCUCAAUGUCCCCAAUCUCAACACUUUCAUCGAUACAAUGGUCAACAUUAACAUAACAUCAGUGUGCCAGAUGACACGAAUCGUUUUGCCUCAAAUGGUGGAGAGGAAGAAGGGAGCCAUCCUCAACAUCUCGUCUGCCAGUGGGAUGUACCCUGUUCCUCUCCUCACCAUCUACUCUGCCUCCAAGGCAUUUGUGGACUACUUUUCACGAGGACUGCAAGCUGAAUACAAGAGCAAAGGCAUCAUCAUCCAGAGUGUUCUGCCAUUUUUUGUUGCAACCAAGCUGAGUAAAAUCCGUCGGGCCACGCUGGACAAGCCCAGUCCAGAGCGCUACGUUGCAGCCGAGCUCAACACCGUGGGGCUACAGACCCAGACCAAUGGUUACCUGCCCCAUGCUGUUAUUGGCUGGGUGACUACAGCUUUGCUCCCUGCCAAGAUCCUCAACAGCUACAUGAUGGGGAUGGGGUUGUCCCAGCGCGCUCGUUACCUCAAGAAACAGAAGCAAGGAUAGAUAGGUUGGCAGCGGCUGGGAGCAGCAGUAACAGACAGAGGGGACCAAGUGUUAACGAGUCGUCUGACUACCACCAUUAUCAUCACGGACCAAGAAGAGAAAGUAUGACAGUUUCUGAGCAACAUCUCAGUCUCCCUCUCUCUGAUACUCCUAGUCAUAGAUGAUGUGAAGCAGUACCAGGCCACAGUUGCCGUUAAAUAUACUCAAUCCAAACAACCGUGUGGAAAAAUAUUGAACAAAGCAGUGCUCUUAUUGAGUGAUUAGCUUUAAUCAACAAAACACUAACAUGGAAAUAAAACCAACUUUAAUCAGCCAUCUGAAAAACAUGAUCGAAAUACAACAAUUGGAUAUGUCAGAAGGUUGGAAGCCUCUGUAUGUUUGUGUGUAUGUUUGAGCCUCCUGUGAAUAUGUGAACUAGCUUAAAGCUGUUAAGUAGAACACUGGAGGGUGGCACUUACUUACCCUAAACACUUUCUAAAGCACUUAAACAAUGUUUUAUCAAUUUUCAUAUUUUUUUUCUAUUUCAUAUCUUGAGUUUCAAAGCACACAGUACCAACAAAAAAUCGUUAAAGAUCUGUUUUCUUUGGUCAUCUUAAUAUUUUCCUGGCGGCAUUGAUGUGGUGGCGAGGGGACUGCAUGUAAGAUGUAACCGAAUUACAUUUCAUACAUUAAAAAUGUAUAACAUUAAGAGGAUUUUCUGUAGAUGAAUAGCCAGCACUGAGAGAGAAGCUGCGGUAAAAUAUUAAAAGGUGUGCUAAAUUGAUCUUCAAAUUAAUUCUUACAACUGGUGUUACAACUGUUAAUGAGUUGAUGGUGUGUCUCGAUCUUUUCACCUGCAUUGUUGGAUUUACUAAAAUGUUAAACCAGACCAAACAUACAGAUACAAGCCAAUGAAAUAAUGUAAAAUCUCUGAUACAUGUCUUUGACUUUCUUCUUUGAAAACUACAUGUAUGCUGUGUGUUCAUACAGUAUGUCAGUAAUAGUCUCAUAUUUCAUGUAUCUUGGCUCGGACAUCAGCUUUACGUUUUACUGUAUUAAACCCACUGGAAAAUUUGUACUUAACAUUUUACUUACUGACAGUUGCAACAGCUGGGGACCAACUUCAGUCCUAAGGCUAGUGCUUUUCUCAAGGGCAGUGGCAUUAGGCAUUAGGCAUAUUCCUAAUACCGGUGAAGCGUGUUGUUGGGUUGAAAGCAGGGCAAACCAGAACACCUGGGUGUUAUUACAGUUUAUGUCCUGACUGUACAAAACUAUGUUGCAUUUGUCCUUCCAGCCUACAAUAAAUAUGCUUUUCAGAUAACUUCA